GGAGACAGAGGAAGAUGAGGGUGUUUUUUGGGACUCUGGUCUUCGUCUCUCUGCUGUGGUCAGUCUGCAGCGUCUCUCCCUCUUCUCGACCUGCAGAGGAAUGCUCCGGCAUGUCCGUCCGUCUGCGGGCCUUCAAGCUGAUGACCACCUGCAACUUCACCACUCUGAAGGAGAAGCAGCUGAAGGAGAUCCAGGCUCCGACCACAAAUCUGUACCUGCCGGUCCUGUACCUGCUAGCCUUCAUCGUAGGUCUGCCCUCCAACCUGCUGGCUCUGUGGAUUUUGGUGUUCAGGACCAAACCGCUGCCGUCCACCACGCUGCUCAUCAACCUGACGGCUGCCGACUGCCUGCUGCUGCUGGUGCUGCCGUUCCGUAUCGUGUACCACUUCAGGGGGAACCACUGGGAGCUGGGAGAAGCUUUCUGCCGCGUUGUCAUGGCCGUGUUUUAUGGCAACAUGUACGGGUCUGUGUUGUGUCUGGCACUUGUGGCUCUGGACCGAUACAUCGCUUUGGUUCACCCAUUUGGCGCCAAGACACUGCGCAGCCAGCGGAUGUCCCUGUACAUGACAGCGGUGGUGUGGACGGUGGUGCUGGCCGCCAUGCUGCCACUGCUGGUGUCGCAGCAGACCUACGUGCUGGACGAGCUGCAGAUCACCACCUGCCAUGACGCGCUGCCUGAGGAGGAGCAGGAGAACUACUUCCUACCGUAUUUCGCCACCUUGUUCUCCGUCUGCUUCCUGCUGCCUUUCGCGGUUGUCCUGUUCUGCCAUUGCGCUGUGCUGCACACCCUACUGGCCGAGGGGAAACGCUACAGUCACGCCAUCUGGGUCACGGUGCUGGUCCUGCUGGUCUUCAUCGGAUGUCUGCUGCCCAGCAACGUCCUCCUCCUACUCACCUACGCCGACAACUUGGUGGACGGAGAUGGCGAGGACUUUUAUGUCCCCUACAUGGUUAGCUUAGCGGUUAGCACCUUCAACAGCUGCAUUGACCCCUUCAUCUUCUAUUACGUGUCGGUGGAGUUCAGAGAGAAGGCCAGGAGCGCUCUGUGCUGUCACAGCAUCUCUGGAGACAGAUCGUCCUCUCUGGGGAACAAUGUGUCCUACUCCUGCUCAUCAUCAGGCCUGAGGUCAAAGGUCACCCUGCUGUCUCACUCCAGUCAGAGGACGUCAGAGACAGUGUGAGGAGGCAUCAGACCUGCAGGUGUUUCUCACUCUGAGUCCAUCUGAAUCAUCAUCAGUCCUGUCCACAUUCAGGAGACCUGAAGAUGUCUCACACCAUUUAUUUUUAUCAGGACCCUUUAGACGAGUAUCCCAGCAUGCAUUUCACACCAACCAGCGGUGAUGUUGAGUCACACUCAAUUGUUUUCAUUUCUCACAUCAUCAGUUCAUUACAAUAAAUUCACUGUGAUGUUUUUCUCCUGAGAUGAACUUUCAGUCAGAGUCCAUGGUCAUCUUCCUGUAGAGAACAACGGCAUCAAAGAUGUUUGUGUUACGUUCCUGAUGGACCUUGAUUAGCAUUUCACAAAGUAACUCUAACAGGCAGAUCUCAUGAAUGAAUCAGAUCAAGGAUCAACAUGAAGGAGCAAAAGACAAACCUCUUGUUUCCACGGUUACACAUACAUUAAAACAUAGUCAAGAAACAUGAAAUGUCAAACAGCUCAUCUGGUCACAGUAUGCCCACUCACAUUUCUGUAUUUUCUUUUUCAUUUUUACUUAAAUAACACACACUGUGGGAAGUGAGGUCACAACUGCUGAGCUGAAGAGCAGCAGGACCACAGGUGCAUUAACUGGACAGGUGAAACAGGUGCCUUGAGUGUUCUUUGUUCUAUGUCCUUGAUACCUUUGUUCCUGAGUGUUUCAGUGAGUCGUUAAUUUCAUUGUUUGUUUAUGUUGUUGUUCAGUAGAACAUCUGAUCUCUUUGUUUGUUCUCACAUGAUUAUAUAUUUCAUAAUAUGAUGAAUUUGACUUUCUGCUUCCUAAUGCUCUCAUCUGUAACCACUCACACCUGACUGA